AUGAAGCCAGAAGACGUUGAGAUGAUGGGAGACCAAGUUUCUGAGGAGGAAUUGAUGCCUGAGGACAAAGCCUUUGAUGAUGGAACAAACUACAGAACUGUAAUAAAGGAAAAGUUUUAUAUUACGUGGGAUAAAAGCUGUUAUUUUGGCCAAUCUGCAAUUUUAAAUCAUGGAAUUACUCAUAGAGACCAAAAGCUGUUGGCGCGUGUGUUUGAGGAUGUCGAAACUUGCAGGUACACACAAACAGUAAUCCUUCAGGGAGCUGCUGGAGUUGGGAAGACAACAUUGUUGAGAAAGGCAAUAUUAGAAUGGGCAGAUGGCAAUAUCUGCCAGCAAUAUACCUAUGUUUUUUAUCUCAGUGGAAAAGAAGUUAGCCAAUCGAAGGAGAAAAGCUUUGCUGAGUUAAUAUCCAAGGACUUGCCUAGCUCUGAAGGCCACAUUAAACAGAUUCUGUCUGAGCCCAGAAAUAUCCUUUUUAUGAUUGAUAGUUUUGAUGAGCUGGACUUCUCCUUUGAAGAGCCAGAGUUUGCACUAUGUACAGAUUGGACCCAGAAGCACCCAGUGUCCUUUCUCAUUAGCAGUUUGCUGAGGAAAGUGAUGCUUCCUGAAUCAUUCUUAGUAGUAACAACAAGAUCCACAGCUUGGAAGAGACUGGUGCCUUUGUUGCAUAACCCUCGUUGUGUAAAGCUGUCAGGAUUGUCUAAGAAUGCAAGAAUGGAUUACAUUUACUGUUUGCUCAAAGAUAAGACAUGGGCUAUGGAUGCAAUCUACUCAAUAAGAAAAAAUGAGAGGCUUUUCAACAUGUGCCAUGUUUACCAAGUAUGCCAGGUGGUCUGUACUUGUUUAAAGGAGCAAGAGGAGAAAGGUGGUAAUGUUGCAGAGACCUGCCAGACCACCACAGCUCUGUUUACAAGCUAUAUCUGCAGCUUAUUUUCACAGGUAGAUGAGAGCUGUACUCUGCCCAAUGAAACGCUACUGAGGAGCCUGUGCCAGGCAGCUGCUGAAGGCAUUUGGACUAUGAAAUAUAUACUCUACAAGAAAAAUCUCAGAAAGCAUGAGUUAACCAGAGAUGACAUCUCAGUUUUCCUGAAUGUAAAUGUGCUUCAGGAGGACACAGAGUAUAAAAACUGCUAUGCGUUCACUCACCUCCAUGUUCAGGAGUUUUUUGCAGCUUUGUUCUACUUGUUAAGAGAGAAUCCAAAGAACUAUCCCAUCAAACCUUUUGAAGACUUGAAUCGGUUGCUUGAUAGCAAUAGUUUUCAGGACCCUCAUUUGGAACAGAUGAAAUGCUUUUUGUUUGGUCUACUGAAUAAAGACAGAGUACGACAACUGGAGGAAACUUUCAACUUUACAAUAUCUAUGAACAUCAAAGGGGAGUUACUUAUGUGUUUGGAAGCAUUAGAAAAAAAUGAGUUCAGUCCAUCACAGCUGAUACUUCCAGACUUGCUCCACUGUCUAUACGAGACUCAAGAUAGAGGGUUCAUAACUCAGGCACUUAGCUAUUUCCCAAAGAUUGCUGUGAAGGUUGAGGAAGAAACUCAGUUACUUGUAUAUUCAUUCUGCCUUCAGCAUUGCUACUCUCUGAAAACUAUUAAACUGACUACAGUGGCAGAGUUAAAAAAUCGGUUGGACUUAAACCCCAUAGCUGAAACAUGCCAAGAGGAAGCUGUUGUUCAAACCAUAAAAUACUGGCAAGAUCUGUUUUCUGUGCUUCAUAAAAAUGAAUACCUGAGAGAAAUGGAUCUGAACGAAAGCAGACUUAAUAAAUCAUUGAUGAAGAUCUUAAAUGAAGAAUUAUGUCACCCAAGGUGUAAACUACAAAAACUACUGUUAGGAUCUGUCUGCUUCUUAGAUAGCUGUCAUGAUUUUAGCUUUGUGGGUAAGUGCCUUACCCUGACACAUCUCGACCUGAAAGAUGCCAUCUUAGAAGACAAUGGCUUGAAAAGCUUAUGCAGUGCCUUGGAAUCCAAACAAUGUAAAUUACUGGUGCUGAGGUUGGAAUCCUGUGACCUGAGUGUAACCCAUUGUUUAAAACUAUCAGAGGCCCUCUACAGGAAUAGGAGCCUGGUAUUUCUCAAUCUGUCUACCAAUAAUCUGACAGAUGUUGGGGGGAAGUUGCUGUGUAAGAUCAUUGAAAACCCCAACUGUCACCUAGAGAGACUGUCCUUAGCAAACUGUGGCCUCACAAAAGCUGUGUGUGAGGUUCUUUCCUUGGCUCUCUCCAAAAACAAGAGUCUGACACAUUUAUGCUUGGCAGACAACUUCUUGGAAGAUAAGGGGAUAGAGAUACUCAGCUAUGCCUUGAGAUCUCCACAUUGUACUCUCCAAAGCCUUGUGUUGAGGUGUUGCUAUUUCUCUCAGGUUGGUGGUGAGUUUCUCUCCACUGCUCUUCUGGACAACAAGAGUUUGAUACAUCUGGAUCUGGGAUCAAACAGUCUUCAGGACAGUGGGCUAAGGUUUCUGUGUCAUGUCCUUCAGCAGUCAACCUGCACUCUUCAGGAACUCGAGCUGAUGGGCUGUGUUCUCACGAGUGAGGGUUGUCUGGAUCUGGCUUCUGUUCUUGUAAAAAACUCACACCUGUGGAACCUAGACCUUGGGAACAACAACCUAAUGGAUGAUGGCCUGCAUAUUCUGUGUGAAGCUUUAAAAACUCCAAACUGCAGAAUUAAGAAGCUAGGAUUGGAAAAUUGUGGUUUCAGCCCUGGUUGCUGUGAGGAUCUCUCAAGUCUUUUUUAUAAUAGCCAAAAUUUGUUACAAAUAAACUUAAUGAGGAACGCACUCGGUUGUGACACAAUUAGGAACCUAUGUAGAGUCUUGAGGCUUCCAACAUGCAAACUUGAAUUUCUAGCGUUGAACAAAAAGGAAAUUUGCAAUAAGGAACUCAAGAAGUUUCUGAAUGAUGUAAAAACUAGAAAUUCACGACUGAAGAUUAGGCCAUGCUAUUAUAAAACAGAAAGUGAGGGCUGGUGGCAGUAUUUCUGA